GCCCGUGCUGUCCAGCUUGACACUGGUCCCUCCUCAGCAUCACCGCAUCAUCCGCCGCCUUCGCCCCCGAUACGGGACUAAAAUUGACCCCGUAAAACACAAAACCCGGGACAAUGGACGACGUUCCUCCCAUCAUCAACAUCUCCAUCUCGCUGCGGAUCCAGCCCAAUGAGGGACCCGUGUUUUUUAAGGUGGACGGGACCAGGUUCGGCCAGAGCCGGACCAUCAAACUGCUCACAGGGUCCAAAUACAAGAUCGAGGUGGUGCUGAAGCCUGGAAACGUCGAGGCCACCACCAUGAACAUCGGAGGCAUCACCUUCCCUCUGGAGCAGCAGUCCAGAGACGAGGAGUCGGUGGUUUAUCACGCUUUGUAUGACACUGAGGGUGUCCCGCACACCAAGAGUGGAGACCGGCAACCUGUACAAGUCAGUAUGGAGUUUAACAAAGCAGGAACGUUUGAGACAGUCUGGCAGGCGAAAUACUAUAACUACUACAAGAGGGAGCACUGCCAGUUCGGCAAUAAAUUCAGCAGCAUCGACUACGAAUGCAAGCCCAACGAGACGCGGACCCUCAUGUGGAUCAACAAGGAGGCGUUCAACUGAGUCAGCUCAUCCUUCCACUGUCCACACUCCAAAUACCAAGCAGAGGACAUCAUAUGUACCAGGACUAACUUUGAACAUCAGCAUCACAAUAAAAGGACAGCCUUAUCUUAAAGGCGGGCAUCAAGUCAGCGAGGGUCUGGUAUUUGUGUUAAGAAAACAGCUGUUUGCUAUGCUGGUCUUUAAGGGGGUUUUGUUUUAAAGCUGCACUCAGCAAUGGUGCUUUCUGACAGCUUCACAUGCCAGCAAAAGUGAAUAGUUUGAAAAGCAUUAGCUAAUAUUCAGAAAUCCUACACAGUGAUGCAAGUUAACUGCACACAGCACGCAUAAAGAUGUUUUAUAUCGAAGGAAACUAAAAGGGCAGAAAAGGGAAAAGAUCUGAAGUGCUGUUUUCUCUAAAGGGAACACUCGUGUAUCUGUGUUUUGCUCCCAAGUUUCAAUUCACCCCGUACUGUGUGGGAGGAUACCUUUUAGUGAUCAAACAUCAAGAGAAGCUCCACAUUAAUAGUUUUGAGUGUAGCUUCAAAGCAGCAUCGUGUAGGGAAAGGAACAAUUGGACAUUUUGUGAAAUAGAUUUGUGUGCCAUUUUACUCACAGUCAGACGAGAAUAAUAUUAAUAUAAAUUUCAUCUCAGUGUGUUUAGAGAUAUUUCUAGGAUGUGUUUAGCUUAGCUCAAAGACUGGAGGCAGGGGAUUUCUGACCUCAGCCUGAUACCGGUUUCAAAUUAGCUAUCAAGAAUGCUAAGGACUACGCUGUAAUGAAAACCAUGACAAUAAUAAUGUUUUUAUCAUUUAUGCAUGAGAUUUCUUACUCAGGUCCCAAUGGGGUCGCAGUGCAGCUGUGGGACUUCAGAGAUACACAAAAUUAACUCCCAUACUUGCAUCAUAAAUCAUAACUUAUGCCACCUGUCAUGCCAACAUCUUAUUGGUUGUGGAAACUGCAACACCUGACAAACUGAAUCUGCAACUAUAUAUUUUUAAUGUUGUUUACUAUCUGGCUGUAAUGAUGUAAUGUUUACCUUGCGGGCAGCCAAUAUUUAGUUCCAGUAUUUCCUUAGCCACCGCCCUGGCCUGGACUUGACAUACAGGAAGAGCAGACAAUUUGACUUUCCCCCUAGGAAAUGCUAUCUGACCAAAUCAGGUGCAGAGUGCAGAGAAAAAUAGAUUAUUUCCAGUAAAUAUAAUUCUGUAAUCUGUAAUCUGUCUCAUAGUGUGCUGGGUUUAUUUAGCAGUACAGUUAAGACACAACCCAAAUCUGACAACCCUACUGGAGGAAUAAGUCCUAAAACCCAAAGAUUGGUCAGCAUUUUUCUCUGUUUUUUGUUAGACGCCUGAAAUAAGGUCUAUGCUGAUACAUAUUUAUAAGAUUUUCAUGUUUUAUUCUUAGAAAUAAAACACAUCAGUAAAUCUGUACUGGACACACAGAUUUGAAAUUUAUAUCAAUCUUCUCGUCUCACUCUGAAGAAGAAAGUGUAAACUCCAAAACUGUUUCUUUAAGGUAGACAUAAAAAGAAGCCUUCAAGUUAUAAGCACUACCCCUCGAUAAUUAAAUUUAUCGCAGCACAAGUUGGGAGGUACUGGGCGCACAUGGUGUUAGCUGAAGACCAGGAUGGAAGACACCUGUGGAUAGAGGAAGUAUUUUACCUUAUUUAUUAAAUGUGUGGAUGUGACUAUGAGAGAGAAGAGACAGUGUAUGUAUGUAUGUGUCAUAUCAUUUUCAUCAUCAGUUUUGACUUUUCUUAUGUGUUAUGUAUGUUGUGUUAUUUAAUGGAACCCAAAAGACAAACACUGUAUAAACUGGUAGCAGUAAGGAAAUGUUACAUUCCUGGCCAAUUUCAGAUGUUCACAUUAAAAAUAUGUGAGUUUGGUGAAGGAAAAUGUUUCAACGAUGUAAAACAAAUUAGCAAAUAUCUUGUUUCAGAUCUUCAACAACCAUACAGGUAAAAAUCUGUCAAGAAGAGAAAACAGACAGAAAUGUAGAGGGAAGUUAAGAAAAAGAGAUUUUCUAAAGAAGAACAAAUCCCAUGAAAAGACCAAAACCAACAAUGUGUUAGUCUGACUUCUUGUGUGCAGUUAUCAAUUCCAGACGCAUUGGUUCCAACUGGUGGCGAAAUCUUUAAAAACACCUCACAAAUAUAAAACUUCACUAGUGAAACAAAACUCAGUAAUUUAUAUCAACAGCUACUCGCUGUAGUUUUCUAAAUAAUGCAUUUGUUUGGGACUAUUUUCAGUGGCAGAUAAACACACAUUUGGUGGUGUGGGGAGUAUUAUAUAGUAUAUAUAUAGUAUACAAUGUUAGUAGACACAUUCACUUCUGGUUUUGGUGUUUUAAUAGGAUUUGUUGACAAUAAGAAAAAUAUAUCAUCAGACUUCUCCUUUAAGGCUUCAAACAUCUUCAAACAUCUUUCUGCUGAAAACGGAUUUCUUCUGUCUUCUGUCUGAGACAUGGUGCUUAUCGCAGGCUAAAAGCUUCAUUUUAUGUUACAUUUGUGCCGCAGCGGGUGUUUUCCUUCUGUUUUUUCCCCUGAAGUGCAUGGCUGGAUUUAUUUUGCCAAAUAUUUGUUUGUUUGUUUGUUUUGUUAGAAUAUCUCAAUGCCUAAACCUUGCUGUUUUGUUAUGUAUAGAACAUAAGGGUAUAAAGUGUCUUUGUGAAUAAAACAGUGCUCUGAACAAAUAUUAUCACACAAUAAUAGUUAUUAUAAAUGUGAAUAUUUCAAUUUUUGCAGCAGUGGAGAAAGUAUAAACAUCCUUUUUACUAAAGUAAAAGUAGCAAUAUCACACAGUGAAAAUACCUUGUUAUAAGUGAAAGUCCUUCACUGAAAAUAAUACACAAUGUAAAGGUGCACCUCACGUAUAUGGAAAAUAAAAGCACCUCUCUGCCCCUGUAAGUGUACUGUUACAUAUAAUAUUAUUAGAUUACCGUUACUGAUGUAUUUAUGUAUAAUUAGCAUUUUGCAGUUGUAAAUCUCAUUUUAAAUAAUUGAUAACAGACUGUUUGGUAGUUUAGUUUGUAACAAUUCAUCAUAUUUUAGAAGAUCAUCAAGUUUUCCAUGUGAAAACUGAAUUUGUAAAAACUAUAGCUGCCAAAUAAAUGUAAUGCAGUAAAAAGUAUCCCUCUGAAAA